GUGUGUUCUUGCCCGAUAAGCCCGGUGAUUUGCUCGAAUGGGGAGUAAGUAAUGAUCUGUGAAGUUGGGUCUUCUUCAACCUUGAGCAGGUUGCAUAGCUGCCAAUUUUCAGGCUUUGCUUUUGAGCAGCAAAAAGCUUAAACAAGAGAGAGAGAGAGAAAGAGAGAGGAAGAGAGAGAGAGAGAGAGAGAGGGAGGAGGGGUCUAGCUACUGACUUGGACUAUGAUAUAUCAUAGUGUAAAAAAAAGAUCUUUUUAUAUCUAUACAGUGUAAGUAGUGUCUGUGUUAUCAUCAUCAAUGCUGCAUAGGACACAGCAACCCCAUCUUCCCACCUUCACCACCACCAUCACCACUACCAUCACCCUUUCUUCUUGUUCUUCCUCUCUCUCUCACUAAAUAACAAAACCCAGUUGCUCAAACCUAAAAAAGUUACCUUCUUGGUUGAGAUAACAAAAAACCCAGUUGCUCAAACCUUAAAAAGGUACUUCUUGGUUGAGAAAAAGGCAUGAAAGUGGUAUGGAGGUGGAGGAGAUUCAGACACACGCCUGUAAGUUCCCAAGGGUUGGCAAUGGAAGAAAAGAAUCAAACAAACUAGGUCAAAGAGAGAGUGAACAACAAUACCCAGAUGAUGAAGACGAUAGAGGGCUCAUCAAAAGGGUUAGUAACAGUAACAGUAGCAACAUUGGAGGUUGGCAUCAUUCAAGAAUCAUUAGGGUUUCUAGAGCCUCCGGCGGCAAAGAUCGACAUAGCAAGGUGUGGACUUCUAAAGGGUUAAGAGAUCGUAGAGUGAGAUUAUCAGUGACUACGGCAAUCCAAUUCUAUGAUCUGCAAGACCGGUUGGGUUAUGACCAGCCGAGUAAAGCAGUUGAAUGGCUAAUCAAAGCAGCGUCUGAUGCAAUUGCAGAGCUUCCUUCCAUUAACAGCGCUUUCCCAGACACACCCAAGGACGAGAAAAGGGUAGAUGGAGAUCCUAAUUAUCAGCAAAACCAGACCCAGAACCAGAACCAGAAUCAAAACCAAACCCAGAACUUGUCUAUGUCUAAAUCUGCUUGUAGUAGCAACUCUGAGACAAGCAAGAACUCGGGUUUGUCUCUUUCAAGGUCUGAGAUUCGGGUGAACCGAAACAAGGCCAGAGAUCGAGCUAGGGAGAGAGUUGCUAAGGAGAAGGAGUCUAAUAAUCAUCAAAAUGCAAAUCCCAUCUCUCAAAAUUCGUCCUUUACUGAGCUACUCACCGCUGGAAUCCAUACACAAAACCCCACUGCAGAGGCUAAUUUGUUUCAUAAGGGGAGACAGUGGUCUACAACUGGAACUCCCAUGGAUUAUUUUACUUCAGGGUUAGUUGGACCUUCGUCCAGAACCCAUCAGUCAUCUGGGUUUACUGGACAAAUCCAGUUGGGAAGCCCUCAGAUCCCACCAUUUAAUGUGAAUGCUGAAACCCAUUUCAACAGGGGACCCGUUCAGUCCAAUUCUUCAUCUCUUUGCCUCACUCCAGAGGUUUCUUUCUCCUAUAGAAGGACCAAAUGUACCCUUCUUUAUGGCACACCACCUGCUGAUCAGAAUCAUCAUCACCACCAUCAGUUUUCUCCUGGGUUUGAUGGCCGCUUGCAGCUCUGCUAUGGGGAUGGAAGCAGACAACAUUCAGACCACAAGGGAAAAGGAAAGAACUGAUCAUCACCUCAUUAAUGUUCUUCCCCCAUCUUCUCUAUCCCCCAGAUUGAUGAAAGGUGGAGUAGGAAGGUAGAGAGAAAGUGGUGGCUGCAUCAAGUGAUGAAGAUUGUUAGUAGGUAAUUUCUGAUUUUGUCCAUUUUGAAGUCAUUGCCAUUCACAUGGGAAUCUAUUUGUAUCUGUUUUCCAAUUGGAGUUUUAAGUUUGUUGAAAUUGUCCAUUCUAUAUAUUAUAUUAUAUCAUAUUAGCUUAUUUAAG